UUAUCCAAACUUCUUUUCUUUUUCUUUUCUUUUUCUUCUUUCCCAUAUCUCUCUGAUUCUCUCUUCCAAAUUCUCAGUCUCAGAAUCGUUCAUUUCAUUCCCCCUUGUGUAUUUUUUUUUUACAAUUUUAUACCAACUUAUAAUCCCAUUUCUCUUCCAAAAACAACCCUACUUUUCCCUCUUUGUUUCUUCUGUCUUCUCCCAUUAUGAUUAUCUCUUUCCCUUAACGUCCCUUCUUUGCUUCCUUUUCUGCGCCAAUCCACCCAGGUGAAGCUUGGAAGAGUAUUUACUGUAUUAUUUUCUAAUAAUAGAAAAGAAAAUUGGCGAGUGAGUGAAGAUGUUCGAUCCAGAUAUGUUUGAUACUCACCAUCAUAUGCUCGAGGAGUUGGAAAAUAUGAGAGAUGAUGAAUUUGAGACCAAAUCAGGCGCAGAAAUCUUAGAAGCUGCUUGUGGAACUGACCAACAACGCUCAAAAAAGAAACGUUACAAUCGUCAUACACAACAUCAAAUCCAAGAAAUGGAGGCAUUUUUCAAGGAAUGUCCUCACCCUGAUGACAAGCAGAGAAUGGAGCUGAGCCGCGAGCUGGGGUUGGAGCCAUUGCAAGUGAAGUUUUGGUUUCAAAACAAACGCACCCAGAUGAAGGCUCAACAUGAGAGACAUGAAAACGCAAUUUUGAAGGCCGAAAACGAGAAGCUUCGUGCUGAGAAUAUUCGUUACAGAGAAGCAUUUGCGCAUUCAACUUGCCCUAACUGCGGUUCUUCCUCCACUGCACUCGGCGAAAUGUCCUUUGACGACCAACAUUUGCGCAUUGAAAAUUCCCGCUUGCGAGAUGAGAUCGAGCGAAUGAGUGGAUAUGGAUCGAAAUGCACAAAGCCGUACUAUCAACUGCCGACGAAUGCUUCGACGCGAUCCCUGGACUUGGGCAUCACAAAUUUCGGUCCACAGUCGUCGGGAUUCGUGGGGGAAAUGUACGGUGCAGCGGAUUUUUUCCGGUCGAUAUCGAGACCAUCAGAAGGGGAGAAGCCGGUGAUCGUGGAGCUGGCGGUUUCGGGGAUGGAGGAAUUGAGGAGAAUGGCUCAGGGCGGGGAGCCGUUGUGGGUUGCGGGUGAUGGGAAGUCGUCGAGCGAAGUGGUUCUUAACGAAGCGGAGUAUUUGAGCAGUUUCGGAGGUGGAAUUGGGGGAAAGCCCAUGGGCUUUAGAACUGAAGCUUCGAGAGUUUCGGCUAUUGUUUUCAUGAACCAUAUCAAGCUUGUCGAUACUUUUAUGGAUGCUACGCAAUGGUCCACGGUGUUUUGCGGCAUUGUUUCGAGAGCAUCCACUGUGGAAAUUCUUUCGCCUGGCCUACCUGGAAACUUCAACGGGGCCUUGCACGUGAUGAGCGCUGAAUUCCAAGUCCCAUCGCCGCUAGUUCCGACUCGUGAAAACUACUUCGUAAGAUACUGCAAACAACAAAGCGACGGGAUAUGGGCUGUUGCUGAUGUUUCUUUAGACACCUUGCGCCCUUCUCUCAUCCCUACCACCCGAAGAAAACCCUCUGGUUGCUUAAUUCAAGAAUUGCCCAACGGCUAUUCCAAGAUCACUUGGGUCGAACAUGUUGAAGUCGACGAAACUGGCAUCCCCACGAUGUACAGGCCUCUCGUUAAUUCCGGCCUCGCUUUCGGGGCUAAACGAUGGGUCGCUACCUUAGAUCGCCAAUCUGAGCGUUUCGCCACUUCAAUCGCCACCACCAUUCCCACCGGCGAUUUACGUGUGAUAUCGAGUAUUGAAGGCAGGAAGAGUAUGCUGAAGUUAGCGGAGAGAAUGGUGACCAGCUUCUGUGCCGGUGUUGGCGCGUCCAGUGUACACGCUUGGACGGCAUUACCUGCUGCCGCCGGCGAUGAGGUUCGUGUUGUGACGAGGAAAAGUACCGACGAACCAGGGCGACCACCCGGUGUUGUUCUGAGCGCUGCCACUUCUUUUUGGAUCCCGGUUUCACCUAAGGUUGUCUUUGAUUUCCUCCGGAAAGAGAAAUCUCGAAGCGAGUGGGAUAUUCUGUCGAAUGGGGGAUUGGUUCAGGAAAUGGCGCACAUAGCCAACGGCCGUCACUCCGGGAAUUGUGUCUCCUUGCUUCGUGUCAAUAGUGCGAAUUCGAGCCAGAGCAAUAUGCUGAUACUACAAGAAAGCUGCACCGACUCAACGGGAUCGUACGUUAUUUAUGCUCCGGUAGACACCGUUGCAAUGAACGUGGUGCUAAGCGGUUGCGAUCCAGAUUAUGUGGCACUUCUACCGUCGGGAUUCGCCAUACUUCCAGACGGACCCGGCGGAGGAUGCAACAACGGCGGCGAAAUUCUGGAGCUGGGAUCCGGUGGGUCGCUCAUCACAGUUGCAUUUCAAAUCCUGGUAGAUUCAGUUCCAACGGCUAGACUUUCAAUCGGAUCAGUGGCCACCGUCAACAGUCUGAUCAAAUGCACGGUGGAAAGGAUCAGAGCCGCCGUGAUGCGUGAAAACCCAUGAUUAAAAAACGCUCCCCCUUUUUCCAACUACGUAGCAGAGGAAGAGGAGAAGUCAAGAACGCACCUUGAAAUAUGGAAAAUGAGAGAAUCGAGGAGGUUCGGGCAUUGACUUUACUCAAACCUUCAACUAAAAUAAGAAAUUUUUCUUCAACUUAAGUUCGUUGUUCGUGGUUUCUUAGAUAUAGGAUUAAGAUUAAGGAGGUUUUUCUGUAAUUUUCUUUUGGUUUUCAUGGUUAAUACUGUUUUGAAAUUGUCAUUAGGUUGGUGAAUAAUAAUAUUAAGAGACACUGAUUGUAAACCUUUUAGUUUUGUUAACCAACACUCCUAUGUUAUUAUUACUAUUUAUAUGUCGGGUCAAGCUGAC